AUGAAUCUCAGGAAACUGGCUAGUACAAAGGAGACAUUCAAUGGACUGAUCAAUGAUUCAAUAGAUAAAGAAAACGCACUACACGCUUCUCUAGUACGUGAAAAUUCACAAAAUGGAUAUGUUUAUCCUGCUUUAGGAUCACCAAUCAAGUCUAGAGAUUCCCAACCGUUGAAAGAUCAUUUAUACAAUGUUGGUACAUCAUUCAACUGGUGUGAUAAUGGGAGCACAUUCAUCACCGUUUCUGAGGAUCAUGGUAUCCGAACUUAUAUCACAUCACAAACUUUAAUUGAUGAUGAUAAUUCACAGUUAAUCCCAUAUUUAAGGAUCUUCAAAUCAACGCCCAUCAUUAGUUCUGCUUUAUAUCCUGAUUCUUCUUUAUAUUCCGGAUCGUGCUCUAUGUUAAUCUCUCAAAAGGAUGUUCCAUUGAGAUUACAAAGUUUAAUUCCUAAUGAAGACAAUGAAUAUCCAAUCAUACAAAGUUAUCAGAUCCAAGAUAGACAAACAGAGAUCUUCCAAAAGGUUAAUUCAAUGUCAUUCUUGGAUGGUGCAAGAUUCAUAACAGGAUCAAAUAAAUUUAUAUCGUCAUUUGAUACACAAAGAUCUGAGGCUAUUGCUUCUAUCCCGUCAAAAAGUGGAAUUGUUAGCGCUUUAACAAACGCAAAAUCAGAAUUUGCAAAUGAUGGAUUCUAUUCAGGUUCGUUUUCAGGUAAACUUACAUUUUAUUCAAACGAUUUAGAACCUAUAGAACAAACUAAAGUUCAAAAUGGGAAUGGGAUUACUCAAAUCAUAGAAUCAUCAAAUGGAAAAUAUUUAUAUGUCAUUUCAAGAAAUAGUUCACAUGUUGAAGUGCUAGAUAUUAGGAUGGGGUUAAAACAAGUUGCCAAAUUAACAGGUUUAGUUACUUUGAAUCAAAGGAUAACUGGUGAUCUUUUACCACAGUCACAAGGGUUAAUUAUAGGAUCCAAUGAUGGAAAACUUUUGGUUUAUAAAGAUGCAGAAUUGGGUAUGGACUGUGAACCUGAAUUCGUUACUUUAAAUGAUUGUAUCCCAAUCUCAUCCGUUGUUGUCAACCCAAGUGAAUCGCAAGUUUUGGGUUUGAUUAAAGGUGAUCGCUCAGAUGAAUAUCAACAAGUUUCAUUACAAAAAUUAACCUUUUAG